CGUCAUCAUCACGCGCCGGAAGCGCGUCGGGGCGGUGGCGGAGGGGCUCGGUCGCCGCCAUGAACAGCGUGGGGGAGGCGUGCACCGAGCUGAAGCGCGAGUACGACCAGUGCUUCAACCGCUGGUUCGCCGAGAAGUUCCUUAAGGGCGAGAGCGACGGGGACCCCUGCGGGCAGCUCUUCAAGCGCUAUCAGCUCUGUGUGCAGAAAGCGAUCAAGGAGAAGGACAUACCCAUCGAAGGGCUGGAGUUCAUGGGUCCGAGCAAAGGGAAAGCUGAAAAUUCCUCUUGACUUCAGCUGUAUGGAUGGAGUCAUUAAUGUGAGCCUAUGGGCUGAGAAUGGUGACCAGACAGCAGCCAGGACACACCUGGAUAGCGCUUUGCUAAGCUGCUUCCUCUCUGUAGCAUUCUAGGAAGUGGGGUGUCUUCUAUGCCUGUGAAAACAAACUACCACAAAGCAAAAGACUUUAUGAUGUGGUACCUGCUGCCUCCUUUCCAAUGAAUCGUGGUGGUGGUUCGGCUUAUAACAGUGCAAAAAGAUGAUUUAACUAACUUCUAUCGAAUGUACUUUGUAAUGGGAGAUGUUGAACUUACUAAUAGCUAAUUUGUGACCCAGUUCUCUUGCUUAUUUAUAUAACACUUGGAAGUGUUUAAAAAGAAGGUUGAUUUACUUUGUCUCAUCUCUGUGGUGCUGAAUUUUGGUGGAAGAAGUCUGAUUUAUAUGAUCCUGAAUGCCAGGGGGCUAAAGCACUGGUUUGUGCCAGAAACAGAGAUGGUAUAAAAGCACUUUUGCUGGACUUGCAAUAACUUAAAUGAAAUAAAUCUAACAAGUUAUAUUUUGUUCACGUGGA